AUGAACCGUCUGAGGCCCGGAGUCCCAGGCUGUAUUUCUUUUCAGUCCUUUGAUCCGAACGCCCGGGCUGCGCUCCUAACACUUCACCGAUUUACGGCCGCUGGAACGUCCCGAACGCGUUUCCCCGGAGCCUUGCACGCCGCGCCCACACCUGCGCCGCCGCCGCCCGCCGCUGGGUCCACGCGUGAAAGGACCGGGUUCCGCGGCGUGGGGCGCGGCGCCGCGGGGGGUCCACCUGCCGGACGCCCCGGGCCGCGACUCUCCGAGUCCGCGCACCUCUUACUUGCAAACUCCCCCGCGCCCCCGGCCGGCGGCGCGGCCACCCUCGGCCCGGCGCCGUUCCCGCAGCCCUGGGCGCACCCGCAGACCCCGUUCUGGGACACGCCGCUGAGCCACGGGCUGAACGUGUUCGUGGGCGCCGCCCUGUGCAUCACCAUGCUGGGCCUGGGCUGCACGGUGGACGCGGGCCGCUUCGCCCAGCACGUCCGCCGGCCCGUGGGCGCGCUGCUCGCCGCGCUGUGCCAGUUCGGCCUCCUGCCGCUGCUGGCCUUCCUGCUGGCGCGGGCCUGCGCGCUCGACGAGGUGGCCGCCGUGGCCCUGCUGCUGUGCGGCUGCUGCCCCGGCGGCAGCCUCUCCAACCUCAUGUCCCUGCUGGUGGACGGCGACAUGAACCUCAGCAUCAUCAUGACCAUCUCCUCCACGCUUCUGGCCCUAGUCUUGAUGCCCCUGUGCCUGUGGGUCUACAGCCGGGCUUGGAUUGACACCCCCCUGGUGCAGUUACUCCCGCUCGGGGCCGUGACCCUGACCCUCUGCAGCACUCUCAUCCCCAUCGGCCUGGGCGUCUUCAUUCGGUACCGGUACCACCGGGUGGCGGACUACAUCGUGAAGGUUUCCCUGUGGUCUCUGCUAGUGACGCUGGUGGUCCUUUUCAUAAUGACUGGCACUAUGUUAGGACCUGAACUGCUGGCCAGUAUUCCUGCAAGUGUUUACGUGAUAGCAAUUUUUAUGCCUUUGGCAGGCUACGCCUCCGGCUACGGCUUGGCUACUCUCUUCCGUCUCCCACCCAAUUGCAAGAGGACUGUCUGCCUGGAAACGGGGAGUCAGAAUGUGCAGCUCUGUACUGCCAUUCUGAAGCUGGCCUUUCCACCGAGACUAAUAGGGAGUAUGUACAUGUUCCCCUUGCUUUAUGCCCUCUUCCAGUCUGCAGAAGCAGGGAUUUUGGUUUUAAUAUAUAAAGUGUACGGUAGUGAAAUACUGCACAAGCGAGAUCCUCUAGAUGAAGACGAAGAUACAGAUAUUUCUUAUAAGAAACUAAAAGAAGAGGAAAUGGCAGAUACUUCCUACGGCACAGUGAAAGCCGAUAAUUUCAUCAUGAUGGAAACCACUCAGACUUCCCUCUGA